GGCGAGGGCGGCCGGCGUGGCCUGGCCGUGUACAGGGACCGCGGCCGCGGCGGCCGCUACACCGGCAGGGGCGGCCGCGGAGGGGGUCGCGGUGCCUGGGAAGGUGACCGGUACGCCGGCCAGUCCCAGACCGGCUACGAGUAUGAGAAGAAGGAGAGGAGACAAAGACGUGAUGACCGGAACAGCGAGAAGACGGAGCGCUACGACAAAUAUGAGCGCUACGAGCGGCGCGACCGGCCCGACCGUCGUCAGGAGCGCGCCGAUAAGGAGGGCCGGCCCCGCCGCCAGGACGGUGGCGAGCCGGGCAAGGGCCGCGACCAGAAGGCGACGCGUGACGGUGAGCGGCGCGGGCCGCGUGGUGAGCCCGCUCGCGACGGCGGCGAGGCUGCUAAGAGCGCGUCUGCGCCCGCGACGUCGGCGACGGCCACGGCUGACACUAAGAGACCAACGGACGAGGCCAAGCCCGAAAACGACGACGCCGCUGCCACCAAACCGGAGAAGGACGAGGCCAGUGCGGCGGAGGAGCCACGGAGGCCUCCGGCCGGGGAGAACGGCAUGGCUGACCGGGAGAGGGUGGCGACGGCCGAGGAGGCGGCACCGCCUGCGCCCGCCACCAGCCGGGACAAGCGGCCGCCGCGGGAUGAGACGGAGGAGCGCGCGCCGGCCGGCCGCGGUGGGUAUGUGCCGCGCGGCGAGCCGUCCCGCCGUGGCCGCGGAGGCUAUGAAGGCGGUCGCGGUGGUUACGAGGGUGGCCGGUACCGAGAGGGCGGCCGUGGCCGGCGCGAGUACCGCUCGCAGCGCACGUACCCGCCCGCUGACGAGCAGAACGGCGACGGCAAGGCGGUCAAGUGGUCCAACCGUUACGACCAAGUGCCCCCGCGGUUCCAGCGGCAUCGCGACGAGCAGGAGGGCGGAGCGGGCCGCGGCCGCGGCGCCUACCGUGGCCGUGGUGCGCGCGGCGGCGGCGGACGCGUGGGCGGCGCUGCACCGUCCACAGCUUCCAACGAGCAGUCUGUGGCCGAGCCAGGCGCCGGCCGGCCGACUUAUGCCAAACAGACCUCGGAGCAGACGAACGAGGACGGUGAGUGGGAGACCGCUUCAGAGAGUAGCAACCCGGAUGGCCGACGCGCCAGCCGCACCGCCACUAACAAGGAGAACCGUGGCGGCGGUGGCAGCGGCGGCGGCCGCAAGACCUUCUCCGGGCAGCGGCCGGCCGAACAGCAGCGGCGGGAGCGGCGUGGCGGCGGGGAGACGGGCCGCCGCGGCGGCUCGAGCGCCCCGCUGGCCGCCGGCGACAAGCCGGGCAAGGUGGCCGACGUCGCCGGAACGACAGUGGGACGCGUGGACGAGAUCAAGCUGAGCGAUGCGGCCGGGGCGCAGCAAGCACUGAGCGACGUGUCCAGCAAGAAGGCGGCAGGGGCCGAGAAGGCCACAGAGAAGAACAAGAACGGCUUCGAGAACUACGAUCUGAACUCGGGCAGUGUGGUGAUCGUGGACGACCACCCUGAGGUUUCUGAGGACCAGUUCCAGGAGGCGGAGGGCUUCCAGGAAGUGCUCAGCAAAAAGACGGCCAAGGAGCGGCAGAAGGCCCUGCUGGAAGAGCAACUUAAGGCGCAGAAACGCGAAGAGCGUGCGGCGCGGCGUGCCGCAGAGCGAGAGGUGGGAGUAGCGCGCGGCAAGCAGUAUGAACGCUCCCGACAGAGCAAGCUGCCGCCGCGCCUGGCCAAGCAGCGCGAGAAUAGCCGGCUGCAGAAGCAGUCGGCCGAGCCGCUGCCAGCUGCCACCAGCCUGGUUAAUGCGCUGCCCGAGGCUGACGCCGACUCGUCGGUCGGCCUAUUCGGCAUCAAGGGGUCGAUCCCGGCGCCGGUGCCGGCCGUCAACGCCUGGGACAAGCCGAUCACGGCGACGCUGCGCGGCGGCCCGGGCUCGGCCCACCUCAGCAGUGUGGACCCGGCCGCGCCCAGCCAACUGUUCGACGCUGGCGACGUGUCGGCCGUGGCGGGCUUCGCUUCCGACCGCAAGUCCGGCCUCGACGCCGCCAGCUUCGACGGUGCCAGCGUGCCGACCAAGACAAUGAUCUUCGAGAACACUAACUUCAAGAACAGCGGUAGCGCGCCCAAGCUGGCUGCCACGCACCGCGCUGACGCCGGCAAGCAAAUGGAGGCGGAGAAGCGCUCCAAGCCUGGCCCCAUCGAGCUGCCGCUCAUGUUCAAAAACGAUGACACGCGCGAGAUGAAGCUGGAGUUCACCUUCGAUUCAGACUUACCACUGCUGGCCGAGAAGGCGAUGGUGACGCAGCCGGCGUCGCACGCCGCCGCCGCCAUGUCGCCCGGCACGGCUGACCUCAACAUGAAAAUAGCCUCGGUGAAGAAGGUGUGGGACACGCCGGCCGUGCCGGUGCUGGCCGACCACCACGCCGAGGACCUGGUGAGCAGUGGCGGCGGCGGUGGCGGCGCUGCCGCCGCCGUCGCCGCCAGCGCUGGCGCUGACCCUACCGCCGACAAGGAGGCGCCGGCCGUGGCCGACUGCCGGCGGCGCCGCUGGGCGGCAUCUCGGCCAUCCCGUCGCCUCCGGCCGGUGUGCUGUUCGGCUCGAGCCAGCCAGCUGCAGUCGCAGACGCCCGGCCUGUACCAGCCUUUCCAGCUGGAGACGGCGGCCCCGCUGAUGGGCCAGCGCCAGCCGUCGCAGUAUUCGCAGUUCGCGUAUGGCGUGGGCAACAACUCGUACAGCCAGCAGUCGCUGCUGAUGCAGACGCCGCCUCCUAACCACGGGCCGACGGCCAAGCCCAGCGCGCCCUACCACCAGCAGUCGCUGCAGUUUGUCCAGUAUGACCCGACGCUGCUGAGCCAGGGCCUGAGUCCACACAUGCUGGGCUCGCAGCUGCUGCCCCGCCAGCAGCCGGUCACGCCCACCAGCAGCUUCUACAGCGGCACGCAGACCUCGGCCUACUUCCAGGGCACUGGCUCCGUGCAGCAGCCGGCCGGCCAGGUGCAGUCGUUCGGCCUGCAGGGCGGCUUCAACAGCCUCGGCCAGUCGACACAGAACAUGAGCCUGGGCAUGCAGCAGCUGCGCGCCGCGGCUGGUCUGCAAAACACUGCCUGGAAGACGGAGAACGUCCGCAACCUGAUGACAAGUGGACUGAACAGCUCGCUGAUGGCUGGCUCGCGCGCGCAGGGCCCCGGUCUGCACCCGCUGUCGCCGAAGCCGGCCGGUCCACCGGGCGCUGUGGUUCAAUGA